GUUCCCAGGCAGUGAGUGUGGGCGCCAUAUUAACAUGCUCCUUCCUCCUCUGCCUGCUAGCUGGUAGCUUAGCAUUAGCAUUAGCUUUAGCAUUAGCAGCUAGCCGCCAGUCUGCCUAUCACCGCCACUGGACUGACAAGAGGGCGACGGCGUGAUGGAAAUUGACUCGCUUCAAGAGGCGCUCAGAGACUUUGACAAGAAAACUAAAAGGGAGCCAUGUCCCAUCCUGGAGCAGUUUUUAAGCCACGUCGCCAAGACAGGAGAAACCAUGGUCCAGUGGUCUCAGUUUAAGGACUACUUUCUUUUUAAAUUGGAGAAGGUCAUGGAUGAUUUCAGAGACUCGGCUCCUGAGCAAAGAGGUCCUGCCAAUCCCAACGUGGAGGCAGUUCCAUUUGAAGACAUGAAAGAGAGAAUCCUGAAGAUUGUCAACGGAUAUAAUGGAAUACCCUUCACUAUCCAGCGUCUGUGUGAAUUACUCACGGAACCCAAGAGGAACUACACAGGAACUGAAAAGUUUCUUCGAGGUGUGGAGAAGAACGUAAUGGUGGUGAGCUGUGUUCAUCCAACAUCAGAGAAAAAUGGAUGCGGUGCUGUCAAUAGAAUGAAUGGAGUGAUGCUUCCUGGGAACACUUCUUUCACAGAGAGAAAAGUGAAUGGUCCAGGUACUCCACGGCCGCUCAACCGACCAAAGUUAUCGUUAGCCAACAACUCUCCUGCAGCGAAUGGCCUACCUGACAGCACAGAAAACAAAGACCUCAGAACAGAGCAAGAAAGUGCUAAAGACAUAUCCGGAAGUGAGGUUUCCGCCUCGGGAGAUUCACUGGGAAGCUCGGUAAAGAACAAACAGUCAGACCUAGAAGAGGACAUGGAAUCUGAGCAGCCAGAGGUGAAGAGACUUAAAUUUGGUAACGAGGAGGACGAGGAGGAAGAUGACGAGGAAGAUGAUGACGAGGACGACGAGCAGGACGGGAGAACGACAAAGCCUUUAAAUGCCACUUGCCUCUCAAAAGAGGCAGAAGCCAUGGUCCAAGAGGAAGACGACGAUAGAGAUAGUUUCAAGAAUGAUGAAGCUUCCAGCAGUGCCACAGCUGCCGAAGACCAAGAGCCAACAAGCAGCACUCCGGCGGAACCCUGUCCAGUCUCAGACCAGAAAGCGGAUCAGGCCGAGUUUGCGUGCGGUUCCAUGCAUGAGGGCAGUGACAUGGAUCAGACGGAGCAGCAGGCGCCUGCAUGCACAGCCAAAAGCCCGGAGACCAGUGGAGACAGCGAGGAGAGCAACAGCGACCCAGUCAGCAGCAGUAGCAGCAGCAACAGCAGCAGUUGUAGCAUAGACGAAAGCGUAGAAGCGGGCCGAGAAGACGUGGCUCCCGCUCCUUCCAGCAGCACGAACGAGCCCACUACAGAGAGCGCCAUGGAAAGUGCCGUCGUAGACAUGGAGACCACUGAGGAGCCCAUGGAGCAGGACUAGACUGCAGUGCGUCCUGCAGUCACGGGACACCACAAACCAGCUUGUCCUUGAAUCCAGCUUGACUGUCGCUGGGAAUGAGGACGUCACCUCGUACACAAACACCUCGUCAAGCUUUUGGACGCGCCUCCAAAAUGGCUACCUGGCAUUGAUGUGAGCAAACAGUUAAAUAUUUCAUUUCUUGUUAACUGGAAUAUCUUAUUGAUCUUGAUCUUAUCUUGUUUUUAAGUUUUUCUAAAGAGGAGUUGGUUUCAGCGGCCUUCUUUCACAGCUGGAAUUAUUUCUUUUGUGUUAGCUGGGACUUGUUGGAGGGCUGUGAUGGUCAUGUUUCAUUUCGGAUUGCCACUCAUUCCAUUUACGGCAGGAUUGGUUUGUUGUGCGUACAACUGCCACACAUCUGUUAGCAUCUGUUUGUUUCGUGGUGAAGCAUCCUUUUAAGGCUCUGGAGUUGUGCAGUGACCUGAGCCCAUGUGCCACCACAGCGAUCCCGUUUCCCCACCAGGAUGUAGAAACAUGUUUGUUUUCAAUACCCACUCCUUUUCCACAGUGUUCUAUCAUUGAAACCGGAUUCUUGCCUGACACUACUAACUAAACCCACUGACCCUAGCGAUCACAGGCUACAUCACAAAUGUCCUCUGGCGGGUAAAAAAAAAAAAGACAUUUUGUAGACGCAUGAAGCCACCAUAAUUUAUAUGAUUUAAGUUCUGUUAUUUUGGAGACUUUUGUUUUGUCUGUUGGUUGUUCUUUCCAAAACCAGCUGUAAGUACAAAGAUGACGUGUGCUUUCUAUGUAUCGUGAUGUCACACGACUGAUUUCAAAAGCGGUCUCCAGUUGCAGUUCUCCACCCGUUUCUGCAGCUGUACUUUUUGAUAUUUAGGAUUUUAAAUUUCUGUAAAGUAGAUUUUUGUAGAUUGUAAUACAGUAUGUGUUCACUGCCUCUGUGAAACGAUAUAUAAUUGUAAAAUUUCUGUGCAUACUCUGAAUGCUUUUGCUUUCAAACGGGGUAUUCAGAAAUGGCAAUAAAUGUUAACAUUUU